AUGGAAAAUCACGUCUUUACCAAUGGUUAUCAAAAUGUCAACACCACUAUCUAUGAGAUUCCAGACUCUGAGGAAGACAAAGGGAAUAAUAAUCUUCAUGAUCAUGUCCAUGAAGAUCCAUCAUCUCCUUCUUCCAACACUACUACCCCAGAGACAAUGGAUACUUGUCAAGAGAGCUCGGAAGAUAGCUGCAGUAUUUCUGUGUCCUCUCAGCAUGGGGCUGAUGUGGAGGAUGGUUCUUCUUCAUCUCACCACGGUGCUGAAGAAGACCACCCAUACCAGGAGAUGGAUCUGAUGAGGGUAUCUCUGGAAGACAAGCAAGCAGAGGACAUUACAUUUGAGAGAAAUAUUCAUUUUCCUCCGGAUUUCCAGUUGCGUCGGAGCCAGAGCAUGUACAGCUCUUCAACUUCCCUCAAGUUCCCCUUUAACAAUAACUUUGGAGAAACUGACAACAUUCAGGAAGACUGUGAGAUUUUCAUGUUUGUAAAGGCCGGUAUAGAUGGAGAAAGCAUUGGGAACUGCCCAUUCUCCCAGCGUCUGUUCAUGAUCUUGUGGCUCAAAGGAGUUGUGUUCAACGUCACCACUGUUGACCUGAAAAGAAAGCCAGCUGACUUACACAAUCUGGCUCCUGGGACCCACCCACCUUUCUUGACUUUUAAUGGAGAAGUCAAGACAGAUGUUAACAAGAUUGAGGAAUUCUUGGAAGAGACUCUUGCACCUCCAAAGUACCCCAAGCUGGCUGCCAAGCACCGGGAAUCAAACACUGCUGGAAUCGAUAUAUUUUCCAAAUUUUCUGCAUACAUCAAAAACACCAAGCAGCAGGAUAAUGCUGCCCUUGAAAGAGGCUUGGUGAAGGCUCUGAAGAAGCUGGAUGACUACCUGAGAACCCCUCUGCCAGAGGAAAUUGAUGCAAACAGCACUGAAGAGGAGAAAGUGUCUAAACGCAAGUUUCUGGAUGGAGAUGACCUGACUCUUGCUGACUGCAACCUUCUGCCCAAACUCCAUGUUGUCAAGAUUGUUGCAAAGAAAUACCGCAACUUUGAGUUCCCAGCAGAGAUGGCAGGGCUGUGGAGGUACCUGAAGAAUGCCUAUGGCAGGGAUGAAUUCACCAACACCUGUGCAGCAGACAAAGAAAUUGAGCAAGCCUACGCGGACGUGGCCAAGCGUCUCAGCAAGUCCUAA